UCAAGAAUAUUCUUUGCCAUUCUCUGAUAAUCAUCCACAUUAUCAUCAUCUCUUAUCUUGAAGCACCCAUUUCGUCAUGACGGGGCAGCCCUCUCCUUUGCACUCAAAACCCAUCAGUUGAAAAAAGACUAUAUAAACAAGUGAAAGACUGAAACAAGUGUUUAAGAUUUACUUGAUUGUGAUUAGCUACUAACAAGUUUUACCAGACUUUUCAUAUUAACUAAAGUUUUUAAUCCUUUUACACUAACCAACAAGAUGCCUCCAAAUAACACUGUAUCGGAAAACGGUGGCGACAAUCUGUCUCUAGUUUUGUACAAAGCUGGUGACAUGAGACUCGAACAGACUCCAUUACCUUCAAAACCCGCAAGAAACGAGGUGCUUCUUCAAACUCAACAAGUUGGCAUUUGUGGAUCAGAUGUUAGUUACUGGGUUAAGGGGCACAUUGGUGGCUUUUGGGUCAAGGAUCCAAUGAUUUUGGGACACGAAACAAGUGCCAAAGUGGUUGAAGUAGGCGAAGGAGUAACUCAUCUCAAGCCUGGUGAUAGAGUGGCCAUUGAGCCUGGUGUUCCUUGUCGUUACUGUGUUGACUGUAAAGAAGGUGCUUACAAUUUGUGUUCUGGAAUAUUUUUCUCAGCCACUCCACCGGACAAUGGAACCCUCACCAGAUACUUUAAACAUGCUGCUGAUUAUUGUUUCAAAUUACCUGAUCAUGUUUCAUAUGCAGAAGGAGCUCUUAUGGAACCUUUAUCGGUUGCUAUUCAUGCCUGUUCUCGAGCUAAUGUUUCUGGAGGACAAAAGAUUCUGAUUCUUGGUGCAGGUCCUAUUGGAUUAAUGUGCAUUCUGGUUGCUAAAGCUUAUGGUGCAACAGACAUCUGUAUUACUGAUAUCAAUGCUGAACGUCUUGCAUUGGCCAAAAAAAUUGGAGCAACAUCAACCUUUUUACUAUCUAAAGACUUGGGGGAAAAUGAAACUGCUGAGGCCAUUGAAAAGCUCAUGGGAUGUCGACCUGAGGCAGUCCUUGAAUGUUCAGGAGCAUCUCCAUCCAUUCGUUUAGCCCUGAUUGUCUGCAAGUCAGGUGGUUGUGUCGUACUUAUCGGUAUGGGAGCCGAUGAAGUUCAAGUUCCUCUUUUAUCAGCUGUAUGUCGAGAGGUUGACAUUCGAGGUGUAUUCAGGUACAAGAAUAGCUAUCCCAAGGCGGUCAACCUCAUUUCCAGCGGAAAAAUUGAUGUUAAACCGAUAAUAAGUCAUUACUUUAAGCUCGAACAAGCUCAUGAUGCAUUUGAACUUGCUCGAAGUGGUAAAGCCGUUAAGAUCAUAAUUGACUGUAGUCUUGAUUAAAAUAUAACUUUCAGUCAAUGAUUGUAACUACAACUCGCAACUAACAAAUUUACCUGAAAACGAAAAGGUAAAUAAGAUGAUUCAUUCAACGUUAAUCACCGACAGUUUAGAUUAUUUAGCAAACUCACAUUUAUUUUAGCACAAAAUGCAUGAUUUUUAAGCGCAAUUUAUCCAUGAAAAUCAUUGUAUUAAUCUCAUUUCAUGUAACAUUUACCAUUGGACAAUAUUUGAAACCAUUUUAUUAAACAAAUACAUUUUAAAACAAAUCAGAA